GGUAUAGCACUGGGAAUAUACAAUAGCACUUGGAAUAUACAAUUAUUUUUUUCAUCCAACCACGACCACGUCUAACUAACUUCAUCAGUGAGCGCCUUUAAUAGCAUGAUUGUCAAUUUGAUGUAUUUGUGAUAUACAAUCUUAUAGGUUGUGGGAGUUCUGCAUUUAAUAUACGGAAUGUAUAAACCGGUUUUAUUGAAAAGUUUAUAACAUACAACUACAGACACUAUAAGAAAUACGAUAAUCGUAGAUAACGAUUGACGUUGGCAUACAUCAUUUAGGGGGCCGAUCCCAGUGCAUUUCUCAGUAGAUUGACAGAACCGCUAAGAUGGCUGAUAUUAAAGAAUCUCCACCGCUGUUUGACACGAAUGAAACAAAAGUUGAUGAUUUAGAUGACGACGAUGAAGAUAUCUUUGCGUCAGCAGUGCAGGAUCAAAAUCAACUUGAAGAUUCUUCUCCUUAUAAUGGAGUAUCAACGAUUCAAGCAGAAUUACCAAAGUUAACAUUACGAGAUGCACCUGAAGAAAAUUCAUUUUCAUCUGUAUCGAGUCCUGCACCAGGACCGUUAAGUUCACCAUUAGGACCAAUGAGUAGCGACAUAGGUGAUCUUCAUGAUGUUCCCAUAAAUGAUAACACAGAUGUACUAUCGACAAAUGCUAUGCAAACUCAAUCAGUCGAUGUGGUACCAACAGAUUUAUCUGAUGUUUUUCUAAAAAUCACUGUAACUUCUCCUCAGAAAAUAGGAGAUGGUAUGGGUGCUUAUGUUGCCUAUAGAGUUGAAACAAAAACAAAUAUGCCAAUAUUUAGAAAGAGAAACUUUAGCGUUAUUAGACGCUUCAGUGACUUUCUUGGCCUUCAUGAUAAAUUAACAGAUAAAUAUCUUAGAAAUGGCAGAAUAAUUCCACCUGCUCCAGAAAAGAGUGUUAUUGGAACAACUAAAAUUAAAAUGUCAGGCGAUAAGAGCCAGGAACAGAAUUCUAGUUCUACAGAAUUUAUUGAAAGACGUAGAGCAGCUCUUGAAAGAUAUUUAAACAGAACUGGAGCUCAUCCUGUGCUUAGUGUUGAUCCUGAUUUUAGGGAAUUUUUAGAAGCAGAUAUGGAACUACCAAAAGCUACUAAUACAUCUGCGCUUAGUGGUAAAGGAGUAAUGAGACUCUUCAGCAAAGUUGGGGAAACUGUUAAUAAAAUUACAUACAAAAUGGAUGAAACUGAUAAAUGGUUUGAAGAAAAAACAUCACAAAUUGACUCUCUUGAUGUUCAGUUGCGUGCAUUGCAUUCUGCCGUUGACACAUUAACUAAUCAAAGAAGAGAAUUAGCUACGUGUACUGGUGCAACUGCAAGAUCCAUUGCUGUUCUUGGUCAUGGUGAACCAGGAGCAUCAUUGGGAAGGGCGCUCGCUCAAUUGGCUGAGACUUUAGAGAAAGUAGAAGUAAUUAGAAGAGCACAAAGCAAUAGUGAUCUAUAUCAGUUUGGUGAAAUGUUAAGAGAUUAUGUAGCACUUAUUGGAGCAAUAAAGGAUGUAUUUCACGAAAGAGUAAAAGUCUUUCAAAAUUGGCAACAUGCUCAGGUGAUGUUAAAUAAAAAACGAGAACAGAAAGCAAGAAUGGAACAAUCUGGUAGAACAGAUAAAACAAGUCAAGCAGCUACUGAAGUUAUAGAGUGGGAAGCAAAGGUUGAUAGAGGACAAGAAGAAUUUGAUAACAUUUCAAAAAUGAUAAAAAAGGAAGUUGAGCGAUUUGAAUUAGUAAGAGUGGAAGACUUUAAGAAACAGUUAACAGAAUAUUUGGAAUCCAUGUUACAGUAUCAAAAUCAACUUAUUAAAUUUUGGGAAAGCUUUUUGCCCGAAGCACGAGCGGUUGCAUGAACAUUCCCAAAGUAAUAAUGAAAUUCUUUUUAAUG